GGCGUGUGUGCGCGGGGUACUUCCGGCCGAGUUAGAGAGUGGCUGUCCUUCAAACGGACACUCCCACGGGAUGAUGUCCUACACUCCGUACCCAGAAGAGAGAUCCAGGGUCCCGGGCCGUGAUUCGGAAUUCACUGAGGCCAUCAACCAGAACAUGCGUGUUCCAGAGCGUUUGAGCGUGGGAGUGGGUCAGCGUCGGGGCAGGGAGGGGGGAGAGGAAACUCCCCCAGCCUACAGCAUGCACAUCCCAGAGAGGCUGACAUAUGCAGAUACUUCGGAUAUGAACCCAAGACCACUGUUCACCCCCAGCAAACCAGCCUUCUUCCCCGCCCUGGGCCUUGAGCCUUGCUGGGAGAGCCCGUCAGCUGCGAGAGAUGGAGAGUCCUUUUACAGGGAACCUCUGCAGAGUCCCAUGCGGCGGUCCUACAGUGACCAAGGCUUUGGCAAGACCCCGCCCAGCACACCUACCCACCUGAGACAGGGCCUGGUGCUGUCUGGCCACCCAUCCAGCCUUGCCUCCACCCACAGUAGUUCUGGUCGAGGCUCAGGCCGUCCUGCUGCUGUAAGACCUGCUGGUAGCGCCCGAGAGCCACAAGAGCAGCCAGUGCCCCUUCCCCCAGGCCCACACGCCCCCCUCCCCAGCCUCUUCUCCCCACACUCCAUGCUGGAGACUGCAAGACAGCUGGGUCUGCAGGCCUCACAGCGCCUCCUGCAGACUGUCAGCCAGAAGUACAGGUACAGUUGCUCUGAGCGCCAACAGCAAGGGGCUGCUGUGGUCCAGCUGUCUGCUCCCGUACUGAUGGAACAAGGGAGGAAAAGCAGUAUGGAGAGCUGGAGCCUAGAAGAUGAAGGUGGCGCUGCUGUUGAGGUCAUUGUCCUGCGGAGACAGCUGAUGAAGAUGAGCCGUCGCCUGGUGAGCCUGGAGCGUCAGAACGCAGAGCGGAAGAACACCGAGGUGGCCCUCUUCUCCCUGCUGCUGUCCGCCUGCCUGCUCAACGUCUGGCUAUGGAUUCGCAGAUAACACACACACACACACACACACACACACACACACUAUUCCAACCCGCUUGCAAACUGUUGGACGGCUGGAUAAGCCCUCGGUGUAGAAACAGGCUGUUAGCUGAGAUGUCUGGAAACGUUCAUCUCCUUCACUAGUCUUCGUAAUCCGUACGUGUUAAACAUGAAUAAUUACAAUAAAUCAGCUCUACUGUUACAAACCUCUGGCAGAAAUGGAAAAUAAACUUAGCAGAUAAUGAUGACAUAUUUAACACUGCAUUGCUAACGCCGCUUUGGGUUUUGCAUUGUGAUAUUCUGACAGUAGGCCUUGUUAAACUUUAAAUCAAACCCACUUCUACACACCACUAUUGUUUAAACAUAUCACUCCAUCAUCAGCGAAGAGGAAAAGAUUAAUUCAGAUGCAUCUCACAGACUGUUUGUAUGCGACACUUCAUCACUGCUUGUAAUUGUAUUUUGAAGCUGAGGGUAAAUGUAUAUAUAAGUUUGUGUAUGAAUAUAUCACUACAGAUUGUACAUUUAAAAGUGUUGAAGGUCAACAAUCAGAAAUUCACCCAGAAUGCACCACAUCUGUCGCUUUAAAGCCUCGUCAUAAUGAGAAUAUUUCAGUUUGACAUUGCACAUGAGCUGAAGGGUCACGUGAUCCGGUACAAACCGAGCAUGUUUCGCGUCCCGAGGCCUCCAUAUGAAACUCACUGAAACCCAACACACAGUUUCAGCAGCGCUCGGGGGUUUGAGCGCUCGCUGAGAAAUGAUCAGGUUCCUUCCAAGUGUGUUUGAAACUGUUUGGAGAUGCAAAGUUGAUGUGGAGUGUGAUGGUGAUUUUUCUGAACUGUUGAAGAAUUUCGUGUCAUGCUGAGCUGAAAUGUUGAAGGUUUUGUGUUUGGAGAUGUGUGGUUGUCUUUGCAGUGUUACGUUUGAAUGAUCUGGGAUGUUUUGUGUGUCUGUAACGCUGUGGGAGAUUUGGGGCCAAGUCCCUGUUUGAAGGUUUGUCACUCAUUAUUAUUAAAAUGUGGAAGAGGAGCCCGGACACUGCUGAUGAAGACCGGGUGAAGCACACACUGGUUUCACUGGUUUGAACAAACGUAGAGAAUUAAAUGUUGUAGCCUUGGUGUGUCCUUCCAGGUUGUUGUUGUUAUUUAUACUGGCUGGACUGCACCACAACCUUCUAACUUUGGUAUACAAACGUUCUUGAUGGUGAGAAGCUUUUUACUUUUUCUAAGAAGUCUUAUUAACCAGAGCGGUCGUGGACCGAGGACUUGCCGUGUACCUUGGUUAAUCUUUUAUAUCAUCCAGAGAGUUUUUGUUGUUGUUGCAUGUUUAUUUAAUAAAAACAGAUUUGUAUUU